UGAUACAUCGAUUUUUUGCAAACAAUCAAAUUACAAUGACGGUAAAAAAAUUCUUUCGUCGGUUGGCAAGGGCCUUUACGUGUUGUCUUUCCAAAAAGCAGCGUAAUAUAAAUGGUAUAGUAUCUUAGCUUAGUGUAGCCCAGGUGUUUUUUUAAUGAAAUUUAGCUUAACACGAUAGACAACAAAAAUUCUCUCGAUAUCUAGUGUUUUCACACGUACGUAGAAUUAAUACACCUAUUUAUUUGAACAUGUAAAUGCAGUGUAGAUUUACAUAUUCGGUAUUAAAAAAUUCAUUUAUGAUUUUUUUUUAAAUUAACUAUAAUUAGACUAAUUAUUUUUGCAAUUUAAUGUAUUAUUAAUUAGAAAGCACGGACUGUUACUUAAGUCCAGUUAGUAGUCAUGAUAUUCAGAAUUCAGGAACUCAAACAAUGACGACGUUAGAAAAUGUAUCUAAUGAAAGGGUAAAUAUUGUUGACAAUAACCUUAACAAGACUCCUGAGGGAUGUAAAAUGUUCGAAAAGGAGGUUCACGAACUUGGUAUGGCAGAGUCUAUAAUAGCAGAUAUUGAAGUAGCAGCCAUUGUGGAAAAGAAAGACAAGGAGUGUUACUUAAGUCCAGAUAGUAAUCACGAUAUGAAAUCUGGCACAAUGGACAACGAGGAUUCAGGAACUAAAACAACGACUACGUUAGAAAAUGUGUCUGAUGAAAGGGUAAAUAUUGUUGACAAUAACAUUAACAAGACUGUUGAUGGAUGUGAAAUGUUGGAAAAAGAGGUUCACGAACUUGGUAUGACGGAGCCCAACAUAACAGAUAUUGAAGGAGCAGCCAUUGUGGAAAAGAGUAAGCAAGAAGAGGAAGACAUGGAGUGUUACUUACGUCCAGUUAAAACACGUAGAUUUAAAAAAGGUACUAUAUGCUUCUUCGGGAAAAAGAAGAAUUCUGGCACGAUAACUACAGAUAAUGGGCAAUGUUAUAAGUUCUAUAGAGAAGAUUUAAAUUUAGGUUUUGAUCGACCUUUUAAAUAUCCACAAAAAGUGAAAUUUGUUGUUGAUGAUACACAGCCCAAAUGGGCCUAUGAUGUAGAAAUAAUUGGAGACCCUUAUGUUCGAAGGUGCUGUUAUUGUUUAAAAGAUGAUCAUCUUGGUUUAGAAGACUGUAUGAAGUUACAGAUAGAUUCGUAUAAUUUUUACUAUCCUUAUUUAUAACAUAACGGUACAAAACCAGCAGUUUGUGAUAUUUAUUCUGUUAAUGUUUCAAUUAAACUUAUAAAUUAUCAAUAAAAAUUAUAUGUUAUAAAGUUAAUACUUAAAAAAUAAUGUAUUUUAAUAAUAUUCUAUGUUAUUUCUAA